UCCGGCAAGUACUUUCCUUAGCAGACCGCAGUCACCUGUCAAAAUAAUCGAAAUUUGCUAAUGCCACAGCUUCUUCGGUAACAGUUGACGUGUAGAGGAGACAAGCGGCCAUGCCUGGCAUCGAAAAAUUGCACCUGGAGGAUGCACUGGAGGACAGUCCUCAGACGAGACAUCUGUUGUCCGUGUUUGAGAAGGAUGCUCUGGCUCUGAAGAAAUACAGUACUGGUCUGCAUGGUUGCUGCCAGAGAAUCAUGAAAGCUCAGAAUGAGCUGUGUGCUGCUACACAAUCUCUGGCCCAGCACCUCAGAGACUAUGAAAUACAGAAAUUUUCUUUGGAAACAGAGGACAGUAUUUUAACAUCUACACUCAAACAAUAUGCCAGCUAUCUAGAUGAUGUGAGUUCAAUCCAGCAGGUAUUGUCAGCCCAGCUGUCUGAGACCAUGAUGUAUCCAUGUACCAAGUUCCUACAGGCCGACCUUGAAGAGGUGACUACCCUGUACGAAAUGUUCAACAUUGCAUCAAGCGAACACGGCAGUGCCCAAAGUAGAUACAUGAAAUUAUCAAAGAGGAGAGAGGAUGACAGAACUAGGAACGAGGCUAAUCAAGAUUUAUAUUUAACGAGGAAGAAAUUUCAUCAGACAUCUUUACACUACUUCUCCUGUCUAAAUGCCCUACAAUACAAGAGGAAAUUCUGUCUUUUGGAGCCUGUCAUGGGCUACCUCCAUGCACAGAGGGCCUUCUUCAGGAUGGGUCAGGAUGCUGUCGGGAAGACAGAUAUAGAGGACUUCCUCAGCAACAUUGCUGCCAGUGUGCAAGGGGUACAGCAUGAACUACAGAUGGAGACCAAGAAAACAGUAGAUUUGAUUGACAACCUGGAACAGCAGAGUGCACAUCAGUAUCACGGUCAGCCUCCUGUGGACAUGCCUUAUAUACCCCCCAACACCUCCCUCACACAGAAAGCUGGAUACCUCUACAUCCGCAGUAAGCAGCUGCUGGCGACAAAGUGGGAAAAAUGUUUCUUCUUCACCCAGGCUGGCAACCUGAUGUGUCAGGCCAAGGCUGAGCUGGCAGGUAGUCUGGUGCUGGACCUGAAUGAGCCCGGUGUAAUGGCUGAACCGUGUGAAGCAGACGACAGGCGAUUUGUGUUUGCUGUGGUUUCUCAAAAGAAAAAAUCGAUUGUGGUACAGGCCGAGAAUGACCGGGAGAAAGAUGAGUGGAUUUGCACAAUCAACAACAUAGUGAGAGAAAGUGGCUAUGAGAAAGGAACCAGAGUUUCCUCCCAUCAACCAACACAGCAAAGCAAGAAGGAGAGGGCUGGCAGCAGUAGUAGCAUGACAAAACAGGCAUCUGGCUCAGUGUCUGGCUCCAGUAGUCCUGACGGCCAAAGUGUCAGCAGUAAUGCCAGUAACAACAACAACGCGAUGUCCCCGACGACGACCUCUGGCCCCGCCCCCUCCCCGGGCGAUGUUUUCCUCCCGGAUGCACCCAUACAGUUUGACAUAAUCACGCCCACGGAUGAGAACGGCACCGUGACAACCAACCUGCCUGGCCCCCCAAAAAGGAUCAACCCUUUCGACCAGUCUGCCACGGAUGUACUGGAUACUUUAGAUGCUGCCAUUGAAAACGCAUCAUUUGUGGAGAGUUUUCUGGUUCGAUUCCUGGGUUCUAUGGAGGUGAAGAGUGACCGAGGAGAUUCCCUGGUUCAUGAGACUAUGAGACAGAUCAUGGCAGCUCGGGCCAUACACAAUGUGUUCAGGAUGACAGAGUCCAGACUGGUGGUGUCCAGCGAGUGUAUGAGAUUGAUAGACCCGGGGACAAAUAAUGUUAGAACACAGUUUAACUUGGCCGAUAUAUCCUUUUGGGCAGCUCAUCAUGAAAACAACAGACUGUUCGGGUUUAUAACAAGGACUAAGGCCCCAGGAGCUGCAAUCUCAACGUUCGCCUGUCAUGUGUUUGAGUGUAACGUGUCUGCUGAAGAGAUAUGCCAGGCGAUCGGUACAGCCACAAAACUUGCCUUCCAAGCCAUCAUGGAAAGGAAACACCAGACAAAACAGCAACAAGUUAAACAGAAGGAGCACGCCCUGCUGCUAGCCAAUAUAGGGCAGAUCGAGGAUGCCCCGGAAGAGCAGGAGGGACUGGGUAACCUCCCCCUCUCCUCUGAUGGCAAAUAUCUAGUUCUUACCACAACCGACGAAUCCGAUCUCUACCCGGAGUCACAGGACAUGGAGGAGAGUAUGGCCAAGAUGAGUGUCAGUAGUGCCCCUCCAGAGGAGAUUGACAGCGAGUCUGAAGCCUGAGACAACACAGCACUGCUAUAGAAGAAAGACUUAAUCAGUAUUGGUUGUAGUAAACUUGUGAUGAAACUAUGUUGUGCUAAUUUAAUUAGAUAUUUUUAUGCCAUAUUUUGUGCUUAUCUUAUUAAGUUGUUUUUUUGUGAUCGUUUUUUGUGCUAAUUUGAUUAGUCCUUCACUUGUUUGUUUUGUGUUUGCUGGUUUAAGACGUAAUUUUUCCCACACCCUCAAAGUAGUUAAGUACUCUGUCCUAAUAACGACAGCUGGGUCAACAUAAAGUAAAGCUCCGAGUUCAGGGUAGACUUUCUGUCUUACAGCUGUACUAAAGACAUGAUUAGACAUUCCUAUUAUUUAUUUUGUCAUUGUUUCUCUUGCCUGUGCUUCCAUUUCACAUAAGCAAUACCAUUGGGCUUUUGUCGGUUCUAGCUUCGGCACACAGUUUUCACUGUUGGUUUUACUUUAUAUAGAUCUUUAUUUUCAAAGGUACGGAAUAGUAGGUUCAGGGCAUUAGUUUUAUACACCGCUGGCCUGCAAUUUAAAGCUUUUUGGAAUAAAGAUUCACUAUGGUGUUGGCUGGUGGUUGUGCUGUAGGGACAGGUCUGUGACAGGGACAGUUUACAGUCUGACAUUGCUAGUUUCAGUGUAUUACAACCACAGGGGGGAAUUAUUCCACUAGCCUGACUCCCAAGGCUAGUAGAUUUUAUGUUGUGGCUACUGAAAAUUUUCAAUAUUAAUAUGAAAGAUAGAGUUGGGGCUAGUACAACUUUUCAAUAUCAGCUUAUGGGCUAGUAUUCUAAAUAUAAAGUUGUAUACCCCUACACCUUACAAUGAUAAGCUGUUUAUAUUAGGUUACCUGUUAAAAUACCUUGGAAAUGGUGUUAAAUUCAGUAGGCUUGUCCACGGUGUAAGAGUUCACACUACUGAUGACUAACAAAGAUUUAUCGUUUAUUUCCUAUAUAACCUGUACAGUACAUUUGGCCUUGACCUUGUGUGACUAGGUGUUCAUGUUAAACGCGUUGUUGACCUUAACAGUUUGUGAUACUGAUGUUCGUUUUGUAAAUAUGUGGAAGUGUUAAAUUCAUUUAGAACAUGUUUGAUAUUUUGUUGCUGUGAGACUGAGGUAAUGUUAAGGUCAUUGAAGGAUUUGUUUGACCUGGACAUUGACCUGUGAUGGAACUGGCCUUCAUCUUGUUGUGAAAGUAUGAAUACAUGUUAUUGAUUGAAGUUAUUGUUUAUGGCUUUGCAACACGUGGAUUCAUACAGGGUCAAACAUUGACAGUUUAUUGUUGUGCGAUAUAUAAUUUACGUUGAAUUCAUUCACAGUAUAUACAACAUUGGCAUGUGUGACCUUGACCUUUGGCUGUGUUUGUGUGACCUGUACUUUUGUGAUUUGCCUGUAUUAUGUAUAAUUUUCAUCAAUAACUUAAAGUCAUGUUUCUCUGUUGUAAUGGAAAUGUUGCAGUACAAAUCUGCCUGAAAGUUAUCUAGAAAAGGUCCUACUCGGAUGUUCUGGAUUAUCCUGGCUGUAUUGGACAUUUGUCUGUGACCUAAUUAAAGUAAUAGAAGGAUAAGUUCACUGAGAAACAGGUCAUCCCCACCCCAGGGCCAUUACUGACCCCUGUCCUGAAACCAGCCCUUCCCAUAAUCCCAUAUUUGACUUAAUUACAAAUAUUGACUUCUAUUUGGAACUGUUCUUUAACUUCAAAAGCAUGUUUUAUAAUGUUACACCUAAUACUCUAUAGAUCCAUAUUGUAGAAAGCUUUCUGUUCACACAGUCUUAUUAUGUUGGUCUUGUAAAUUAACAAAAUGCCAUUUUGCACUUUCUUGCGUUUGCAUUUCAGGCAAGUUAAACACUCAUACCCAGAAUAUUUUCAUGUCUUUGUUAAUUUCUUACACAGAGCAUUUAUACAUCCAUGUAAUUUUAGUUAACAGAUGCUUUUUUCCUUAAAAAAACUUUUCAUUUGCUUUAUAUGUGAUCCAUGGUGUAGCAUUAGUAUUACUUUGUCAUCUUAGGAUUAAGAUCUGUAAAACAAAAUCAAUGAUACUCAUGGUGGUCGUGUCUGUUUAACAUAUAUAAAACCAGUCUUUAUUUCAUCCAGUUAUUUUUCAAAAAAUGACCUACUCUAAAUAUACUUCUUUCAGCGGUAAUUUUAUUUCAGUGCUUUCCAUUCUAAUUUGAUAGGGUUAAGUUAUGAUGUUCUUUGAUGAAUAACUGUACUUCUAGUUGUCAUGCUAAAUCAUGAUGCAUGAAUCUUAAAAAUUGUUGCCGCGGAUGUACAGAAAAUCUGAAAUAUGGUUGCAGUGAUACAAGUUUGUUAACAGUAUAUAAUUGGUUGUAUUAAUUGACCAGGAGCAUGAUCAGUUUUGACAUUCAGUGACAAUCACAUCAAAGUGUUGUAUCAGUUGACUAUUAUAUUUUUAUUUACGUUUACGAGAUACAAGAUGUGAUAUUAACAAAUUAAAAGGUGGUAGACAUUGAUCAUCAGGAUAAACAAAAUUCCUUAAAAAUGUCAAAUAAAAUGGAAAUUAUAUUUAAAACAUGAAAGUUUUAAGUGACAUUGGAGACUUGAUACAAAAUGAAAUUUAAAAAUAACUUUCCAGAGUUUACUACGUUUAUACAUAUAUAGAAAUGUGAUAAUUAUCGUAAGCUUUGGAUUAGGAGUUUAAAUCUUAAGGACAAUUUCACAAAGUUAUGCAACGGAUCUAUGCAAAAGAUGUCGGAGUUGUCUGCCCUGACAGUGAAGGUUGUCAUGGUUACUCAGAAUGUUAGUGUGAAAAACAUGGAAGGCUCAUAAGAUCUUUGCACUCUGGCCAUUUCUAUUCUUAAUUGACUUUAUCUUAGUGAUCCUUCUGAUGUCUGAGUUCAAUUUUUGCCAACUGUAAGCAAGAAAACUUUUAUCAACUCUCUUGUCUUCUAGACAAUCAAAUGGUGAAUAAACAUAUCCAUACACGUUUGUAAAAAAAAUCAGUUAAAUUAAUUUAUAAGUUAUUUUGAAUAAAAAUAUAUUAGAGAGUCUCACCACUUUUCUAUUUCUUUAUUCUAUUAUUAUUAUAGUAAAUGAGCAAGUCACUCCUAGUCAAAAAAAUGCAGAAUAAAUUGGAACUCUUUUUCAUUUGAGAUACAACAUGGAUCACUGAGACUCUCUGCCUUAAGUGUUCAGAAUUGUAGGUUUAAAUGCAUCUAUUCUGAUUAUAAUUCUGGAGAGUUCCUUAAAAACUACAAGUAGUAGGGAAAGAUAUAUCUGUGAAUAUUGUUGUGUUGCUGGCUAGAUAGCUGGAUAUAUAUAGUUAUGUAUGUGGCCCAUAUUUAAAGAUUGAAAGCAUUUUUGAACAUUUGGUUUCCUUAAGAUGUCUUGUUUUGUGUUGUAAUCUUAUUUACAGAUGUUGUAACUUGUUAGUCCAACGUUUUAUUUACAGUAUUUUGAAUUAAUCAUUAUAUGAUUUACUUGUGAUAAGCUCAUGUUUGAAAUAAGAAAUAUGUCCCUUGAAAUUAAAGCAACAUAAUUUUUAAACAAAUUUUACUAAUAAGGAGACAAAUCUAGAAAUAAUUGCUUCUUGCAUAUACUAAUACCAGGUAUACAGUUAACCCAAUAACAUGUUAUUGAAUUAUUCAAUUAUUUGCAUAAAAUAUCCAAGCGCAAACCAAUUCUCGAUACAUUUGAAUAAAAUAAUUGGAUUAUUUGCAUAGCAUAAAAGUUAAGUUUUUACCGUAAAGCAUAUAAAAGCCUAGAUAUUAAAUGCACAAAACUUGGGAAAUGCUGGCAGUACUCUGUUCUGUUGGCCUGCCUCCUAGGUUUAUCGUUAGGAAGAAUUAAAGAAAGCCAUUAAAUGGACUAUUAUAUUGAUAUAAAACUGAAUUAUUAUGAAUUAUUAGUACAAUUAAUUGUGUGACUCUGUACCUAAUGUAUUGCAUGUGUACUGUAUUAAAGUCCCUGCUGAACCGAACUGAAAUGUACAACCAACGCUUCGCUUUCUAGGUAUAGAGGAGCUGGUAGCUUGGGUAGGUCACCUGUUAUCUAGCAAAACCUAUGGUACAUUUCUUUAUGCUAGGUAGCUAUAGUGAUUUGUUUUUUGAGUACCAGUAUAUGAGGUAUGAUAGAUAUUGGUUUAGUGGUGGUGUGUGUGAGGGAUAAGGGGCUUCAUUCUCUGUGUGAUUAAACAAAGCUCAUUAAUUAGUUGUGUGAUCAAACAAUACGCUCAUUAAUUAGUUGUGUGAACAAAUAAUACGCUCAUUAGACAUUUAUCACAUCAUUAUGCUGAUCGUGAAUGUUGUUGCUUCAGUUAUACUCGUGAGAUGUGAGUCCAAAUGAUGCUCAUCAGAUACCUGUGCCACAGGGAAGCUGUGUUAGUUCAAACUAUGCUCGUUAGAUAUGUCCUAGUGUUGCUAAUUUCUCAAAAAUACCAAUGAUUUCAUAGCUUUGUUUAGCAGAUGAUCAUGAGUUUGCUUCUGUUUGGUUUUUGAGGUUUUUUUCUGAUGAUAUUUGUAUUUAGAAUAUAUCUAGUUGGGUUAUUGCUGAAUAGAAUUGCAUCAACAAUUUUAAAUGGAACCAAAGUAUGGAUGUAAAGUCAAUAGUGUCAUAUAUAAGUGGUAUAAAAUGAUUGAAUUGAUGGUGUUCAUAUACAAACUACAGCAAAGCACUGUGGUCAUGUCACCGCCUUUACAACACAAAUUGUUAAUUAUCGUUUUAUUGAACAUUGAUCAUUUUUUAACAAAAUUAAGCAAGGUCCAUUAACUUAUAGUUUUUCACAAGAUCCUGUCUUCAGAUUUUAAACCAAACUGACCUUGUGAUAGUCUGAGCUUAACUGAAGCCUCAUAGACACCAGAUCUAUUAUUUAGGUGUCAAAUGGUUUUUGUAAUGUUAAAUGAAUAUUUUACCCACAAAAACAUCUCAUAUAUGUUAAAAAGCAUUGUGACACUUUGGCUCUCUGUAACGACAGACACCCAAUGUAGAGAACUAAUUGUAAUUCUACUGUAGCCUACAUAUGUAGCUCAGAUAGUUAGUCCUUUAUACAACACUGGGUGAACCAAUUAAAUUACAGCUUUGUGUAACUAUCUUUUCAUAUAUAGUGCUUAGAGAAGUUGGUUUGUACUUUGAUUUAUAAUAAGUUUAUAGAUAUAUAAGACAGAAGUUAAUUUUUACAGGAUAACUGUCUUUUUUUAUUUCAAAUAUCAUUAAUGGAGAGAUAUUUUGCUGUUUGUCUAUUUCAAACAGGGCAAGAGCAACACGUUGCUUUGUUAUAUUUAGUUAUGGAGAGUAGUAUGAUAUCUGCACAGACUACAAGUUAGCAUCUAGCACUGUUAAAUUAGGGCUAGUAGAGACACUAGAUGAGCUAAACUCAUUCACCCUUGAAGACACAUUUGAACUCUUCCAAUUCAUAGGUUGGAUAGUUCAUUAUAAAAUUUCAGGGGUGAAUGAGUUAAUAAGUGGUGCAUGUGAUUAUAAGUUAGUACUUGGCAGCUUUAGCUUUAAUGACUUAAUUUCAUGCUAAACAUUAGCUAUGGUACUGCAGUAACUACUAAAAGUAUGAUAAUUUGUCAGCUAGAGUGACAGUUUACCUAUAUUGGCAAGUCCACUUACAUUUUGUCUCAAAACUGAUGUGCCUGUGCUUGUUUUGAAUCUAUGUUUGUAUUUUCAAGAAAAAAAUUGUCAUCAAAGGUUUCUGUUACACUUUCAUUUUGUGAUAUGGUAUUAUGUUGCUGCUGUGGAAAUGUGAUUUCAGUGUUAUUUUAGUGCACAUAGGGGAAAUGCUUUGUAGUAUGUUUGCUUUAACAAGAAAUGAGGUAAAUAUAUACGUAAACUAGGUGUUUUCGUUAAGGUGAAAUAUAUUGUUAAAUUAAGUUAACAAGUCGAAAAAAAAUACUUGAUACUAUUGUCUAAAAUUCUUCAAGAAAAUAUGGCUUUGUCCCGAUAAUGUUUGAUUUAGCAUCAACUAGCUGACUUUGAGACAGGUAGAAAAACACCUUUUACUGUAUACUGGGAAUUUUUUUCUGCAGCAUAAUUUUUGCCUUUUUUAGAGGGCAAAUUUAUCAAUACAGCAAACAUGAGUCAGCAACUUAAUUUACGAAGUAAUUUUAAAGGCGAAAGUUUGACUGAGCGUAAAAUUCCCAGAAUACGGUAUAUCAUGGUGAUUCUAGUUGCUCUGAUCAAAUUUAUUUUUAAAAGGACAAACUGCCAAUUACGAUUUAGAACUGUGAUAUGUAUAUAUUUAUUUUUCAUUCUGAGGAAGUAUUCUUAUCACACCAUGGCUCAUUGACUGACAGGCGUUAGGAAUAAGGUAGUAGGGUAUAUUGUGAACCGUGAGUGUGGGGAGGUAGUGCUGUACAUUAUAACUAUCACAUUUACAGGUGUACGUAUAUAGAGUUGAGUGAGAGAAGGUAUAAACAUGGGUGAGAGAGGUACAGAAAGGUGAGAGAAAAGGAUACACACAGAUGAGGGAGUUACAGACAGGUGAGAAAGGUACAGAAAGGUGAGCGCAAAGAAAACACACAGAUGAGAGAGUAACAGACAGGUGAGAAAGUUGAAAACAAAGGAAACACACAGAUGAGAAUGUAACAGAGAGGUGAGAAAGUUGAGAACAAAGGAUACACACAGAUGAGGGAGUUAGACAGGUGAGAAAGGUACAGGAAGGUGAGAGCAAAGGAUACACACAGAUGAGAGAGUUACAGACAGGUGAGAAAGUUACAAACAGAUGAGAGAGUUACAGACAGAUGAGAGAGUUACAGACAGAUGAGAUAGUUACAGACAGAUGAGAAAGUUACAGACAGGUGAGAAAGGUACAGAAAGGUGAGAGCAAAGGUGACACACAGAUGAGAGAGUUACAGACAGGUGAGAAAGUUGAGAUCAAAGGAUACACACAGAUGAGAGAGUAACAGACAGGUGAGAGAGUUACAGACAGAUGAGAGAGUUACAGACAGGUGAGAAAGGUACAGAAAGGUGAGAGCAAAGGUGACACACAGAUGAGAGAGUAACAGACAGGUGAGAAAGUGAGAUCAAAGGAUACACACAGAUAAGAGUAACAGACAGGUGAGAAAGUGAGAUCAAAGGAUACACACAGAUGAGAGAGUAACAGACAGGUGAGAAAGUUGAGAACAAAGGAUACACACAGAUGAGAGUGUUACAGACAGGUGAGAAAGGUACAAGAAGGUGAGAAUAAAGGAUACACGCAGAUGAGAGCGUUACAGACAGAUGAGAGAAUUACAGACGGGUGAGAAAGAGGAGUACAGACAGUUGACAGAGGCACAGACAGGUGAGAAAGAGAGGUACAGACUGGUAAGAGAAAGAAUUACAGACAGGUGUGCGAGGUAUUGGCAGGUGAGAGAAAAAGUUCAGAGACAGGUUAGAGAGGUACAAACAGGUGAGUGAAAAAGGACGGGUGUAUAGGCAGGUGAGAAUAUUUCAGAUGUACAAUGUAAGGCAUAUGAGACGUACAUUUGUACAGAGGGUGAUCCAGGUACAUUUGCAUGUGUGAAAAAGCUCGAGGUGAGAAAGUUACGGGUGUAAGACAAGUGAGACAUUGAGGUGUACAAAAAGGUGUGAGGUGUAUAGGAGAAAUGAGGGUGACCGGCUGCUUUACAUCCAUUCAUGUGUUUUUGUGUUUAUAGCACACAAUCAUGAAAUAAAACGUACCAUCCCGGACCUGC